GCUGGAAGUAAUAACGUGCGGACGGCGAGCUCAAGCCGGUUAGUUCUUCGACGGCACCGGUGAGUGUUGGUUGGAAGUGACUGAUUACGCUUUUGGAUACUUUGUUCGUGUAAUGUCAUAUUGAAAGUGGACACUAACCAACCGAGCAAAAUCGAGGAACUACUACACUUGGAGAAUCAAAAACAAAAAGACUCAAAAUGUUGAGCGCAGUGUUAGCCAUAGUAUUGCCAUGCAUUGCAGUCGCGCAGGAUGUGAACAACUGGCAUCCAUUAUUAGGACCACACGGAGGCAGUCAGGAUGAUUCGUUAUCAUCAUCUUAUCAACAUUAUCAACCAGCGGCGCCAUCACACACCUUCUCUAGUCUUGUCGCCCAGCAAUAUCAGCCCAGCUCCGCAUACCCUGGCGGUCAGUGUGAUUUAUACAAAGUUGGAUUCAAUCAGGAUUUGUAUUUUCAAUACGUCCAGUAUAAAACCGACGUGCCUGAUUUGAAAGAGUUCACGUUGUGCUUCUGGAAUAAAUUCCUCAAUCACAGCAAUGAUCAUCCACUGUUUUCUUAUGCUGUCGACGGACAACCGAAGGCGAUCGUCUCCUGGGUCUCCAACUCGAUGCGCUCCAGCUAUUACAGUAUGUCCGUCAAUGGCCACACGCUCUAUCGCCUCAACUACCCGCUGCGAUUGAAUAAAUGGUAUCACACGUGUCAAAGCUGGAACGGCAAGACUGGUGAAUGGCAGAUCUGGGUGAACGCUGAACGUGUCGGACGUGGCUUCCACAACAGAUUGGUUGGUCAUACCAUCAAAGGAGGAGGUAUUGCAAUCACCGGGCAAGAACAAAGUCAACUCGGCGGAGGAUUCCAAGAAGGUUACGAAGCGCCCAAGGGCGCCGGAGGCAUGUUGGGUGAAUUCACCAUGUUGCAAUUGUACAAAGUUGCGCUCACCGCCGGCAAAGCACACAAGGACCACAAGCAUCACCACGCGCAUCACUACGAUCACAAUGGCGCCGAAAUUACAACCACCGCAGCCCCGGUCACCACCGCUCGCCCAACACAACCCUCUCAUCCUUUGAUCACCGGAGGACAACUUGACCCCGGCGCGGCGUUGAACAUUGCUGCACAACAACAACCGCAACUCAUCCAAGGUCAGCAAUUCCAAUCGCAGUAUUUAAAUGGACAAUUUGCGCCAUCGUUCGUCACGCAGCAAUUGACCCAAUCAGCUCAACCUGACCAAAGGCCACAAACCUUUGGUGUUGGUCAACCAGCUCCACAAAAUGCCUUCGGGAUCCAACCUCAGCCAUCUUAUAGUAUUUCAUCUCAAACUGCUCCUCAACCACCAGCACCCCAACCUAUUCCACAGGAUUACAAUACACAAUCACAAUCUUUGUUCCUGCCUACCUCCCAGAACCAAAAUGACUUAUCCUCUUACUCCCAGCACAUUCACGUUUGGGGACGUCCCCUUUUGAAUAGUGGUCUCAUCAACCAUGCGGAAGCAAGCGCACCUGCCUCUGAUGACAAUCAUAAUCUUUUCAAGCGUCAGAACAAACGCAACAGACGCCAAACAGAUAAAACAAAACGUGAAUUGGUCCUGGCCAAUGGUCAACUGAUCGAUGACAGUGUCCUAGCAGGUUUAGACCAGAGUCUACUCGAUGGUCUUGCUGGCAUCAGCGAUAACGAACCCGUGCUGCAGCAGCAAAUGAAAAUGGAAGAGCGUGAACCAGCGGAGGCGGAGGUCAAGGCCGUGAUGAGCGUUUGCUCUGGCUGCGACCCGGAACCCUUCUCAAAGGCGCUAGUCAUCAGCUGGAGGAGCGUUGCCAAGAAGCUCUACUCAGGCGCACUCUACACACCCGCCAACACGGAAUGCCGAGUGUUUUAGGUAAUUCACAAAGAACAAUACACCAGGAAACUUCUACUUCUAUCAAAGUAGAGUAUGUUACCGGUUUGAAUUGUUACCAAUUGUUACCAGUCAAUCACGAGAACACAAAAAUCAUUCUAGUUUCAUUCAGCGUAAACGUAUGACGAACAAACAAAAAUUAUUGUUUCGGUUGUUAACUCAUUUUACUUUUACGUGUACGUGCUUCUUUUUAGAUUGUAAGCAGAGAUAGUAUUUAUAUAUGAUAUUUUUAUAGUUGUGACGAAAAGAUAACUAAUAUAUUUUCGAAAAA